AUGUCACAUGAAAUAUUACAAACAGGAUUACAACUAGCUAAACAGGCAGUUGAAGCAGACACAUCAAAACAAUAUACUCUGGCAUCGCAGUUGUAUGAACAAGCAAUACUCAACCUUAAACUAGCGAUUGUCAGCGAAAAGGAUCCAUCGAGGACUGCUCUUGUAAAGACAAAGAUUGAAGAAUACACAAAUCGUAACAAGUUUAUAAAGAAUUUAGCUUCUUCUUCUUCCUCUUCAACUAGCACAGGUGUUGGAGGUAAUAGUAAUAAUAGUAAUGCAAUAUUCAACUUUCCAUCAAUACCAUCAUCAGUAUCACCAUCAGUAGCCAAUGUAACAUUACCAUCAACUAAUACUUAUAUGACUACCAGUGUUGUACAACCAUCAUCUGCAUCGAUUAAUCAAUUCCCAUCUGCUGGUGGUGUUGGUAUGAAUCAAUCAACAUCAUCAUUUGGUAGUACCGGUAGUUCAAAUGAUACUUUAUCGAAACUAUCAUCUAUGCCAUCUGUUGGUGACCAAUUCUCUUCAAAGAGUACAAUGGGAAGAGUAGAGGCUGAUGAAGUGGCAAUGGGACUGGUUGCAAAGGGAAAACGUGAAGAAGAGUUGAGAGACUACAGAAAGGCAUCUUCAUACUAUGAACAAGCGUGUUCAUACUUUUUAUUGGCAAUCAAGGGUGAACCUGAUAGUAUCAUCAAACAAAGUUUAAAUGACAAGGCAAAGAUCUAUCUUGAAAGAGUCGAGAAAUUAAAACCAUAUGUUCAACAUCAAUUACAACUUGCUGCACAACAACAACAACAACAACAGCAACAACUUGCUGCUCAACAACAACAAUCAAAUUUCCCAACUUUACCAAAUAUUAAUAAUAGUGGUGGUAAUAUUUCAAUGGCAUCAUUUCCAAAUGUAUCAUCAUCUUCAUCUUCAUCAUCUUCAUUAUCUGGAUUCCCACCCAUUGUCAAUAAUAAUAAUAAUAAUCAUAAUCAUCAUUUAUCAACUGGUUCAAUUGGAAAUAUGUCAACUAUGAUGUCGAGUGCAUCAGGUAUAUCUCCACCACCAUCAACACAAACGAUUAAUAUUAUGCCUGGAAAUGGGUUGGAUCGAUGUGCUGCUUGUAAUGCUAUAUUGUCAACCAACUCGAUACGUGCACUUGAACGUACAUGGCAUCCAGAGUGUUUCUCGGUUUCUAUCAUUUGUGCUGGUUGUCAAAAGCCAUUCUCACUGACCAACCUCUCUCUAAAGGUAAAGGAUAACAAGGCGUACCACCCAUUAUGCUUUGAGUCAACAACCGGUCUCUACCAAGAGGAACGCCGUACUUUUGUCGGAUCGAGCAAGUAUCUCUUCUUUUCGAUUCAAUUGCAACGCAAGUUUUAUCGUGCCGGUGAAACCAUCCAGUUUGGUUUUCUCAUUGAUAAUCCCACUUCGAAAAAGGUUGACAAGGUAGUAGCAUACAUUCUCAUGACAGAGACACGUAUGGAGAUUGUCGGCUCUGCAUAUGACCGUCGUGCCAAAAAGACAACUGCCAAGCUUGGUCGUUGCGAAUUCCACAACUCUACACGUUUCCCUCUGGUCAAAGACCGAUUUGAAGGUGACUUUUUCUACGCCAUUCCACCCAACAUCCUACCAUCCGAGGUGGCCGGUGUCGACGCCAGCUUUGUUCGUGAAUACCAAUUGGUUGUCAAAUGUGUCGGUCCUCCACUUAAAAUUAUGACUGUUAAAUUAAGAUUUAAUCUAACUAUAUUAAAUAAACAAUAA